GGAGCGUCUUGAAGUAAACAAUUUGCGCGCUACAUGAGUUCAUUGUAGCAUAAGUGGUCUCGAUAACCAAAGUUAGUGCUGCAUACCGAAGCUGGGGUACCUGUCGCCCAAAUCGCGGUUCUCAGCCCGGUUCAAGGUGUUCAAAUGAUGUCUACCCAAAAACAUGUUGCGGCGGACUCGGGAAAUGAAGGAUUCCCGCGAAAACGGUCGCUCGUACGUCAAGCGACAGACGUCGAAGACGACGACUUCUCUCCGUUCCCGUCGACGAUCGCCGACUUUGGAUACUUCUUCAACGAUUUCGGCCAGCUGAGGCACCUGAAGACCGGAGAGCCAUACCUGUUUCAGGUGCGCCCUGACGACCUUAGCUACAACCAGCGGCGCUACGAAGCUCUGGGUGACGUUAUCACGGAACACGUUUACCAACUUCUGGAGGAAGAGACACACCUGAAGCGAGUCACGGUGCCCGUCAACGUCCAGGAAGAUGAACCGAGCUCUUUCAUCUUCGUGUCGGAAGAUGCGUUCACCAAUAAGGACCGCCUCUUGAUCCUAAUACACGGCAGCGGCGUCGUGCGCGCUGGUCAAUGGUCACGGCGGCUCAUAAUCAAUGAUUCGCUCAAGAAAGGCACGCAGCUGCCUUACAUUAGAAGAGCGCAAGGGCUCGGCUACGCCGUGAUUGUGCUCAACACUAACGAUACUCACCGCGUAAUCAACGGCGUGCGGGUCCCCGUACGGGAGUGUGAAACUGCCGAGAAACACGGGCGCCAUGUCUGGGAGUACAUCGUUGAGAAGAGAGCACCGGCGCGUCAUGUCGCCGUCGUGGCGCACAGCUACGGAGGUGUCGUUGCUGUUAAUGUGGCAACGGAGUUCUUCGCUUCGUUCUCCGCUCGCGUUUUCGCCGUCGCCUUUACGGACUCCGUCCACAGCUUCACACGUCAGAAGUCUCCCUCUCGUGUUGGGCAGUUUUUCCACCAGGUUGGGCGGAAUUGGGUUUCGAGCCCGGAACCCCUCGAUCGGCCUCUCAGGGAGCGACAUGAUGGCACCGUCGACGUGAAGCGCGUGUCCGCCGGCACGGUAACCCACGAGAUGACGUCGUGGUCCAGCUUCGCGUCCGUCUUCGAGUUUCUGGAGACGGCAUACCACAAGAAGUCGGCCGGGAACGGAGAGCAUAACGAUUUGUAGUUUUCCUUACGACUAGGUAUCGCAGCCGCCGUUUUCUUGCGGAAGUGUUCUGUAAAAUUAUCUUACUGCUUGCCAGUAUGUUGACAGAACGAGCGUGUACCUCACUGAAUAAUGUAGACACACAAAACUGCCAGGAUUGUCUAAAACGCCAAGCUUUAUGCAAGAGCACCGAUGGUAGCCUUGGCUUUCUUGUUGAUCGGCAGUACUCGCGUAAGUUAAUCAAGUGCCUCGAUUUGCUGCAUAUUUAGCAGCAUGUAUAGCGAGGUGUAUUUGUUGAAAGGUCAAGGUGCUGUGGCCCUCUUCUUUUGCUCAAUGUGUAUUCUUGUAAAGUAACAGUGCAGGAGACAGUAACUUAAAAAAAAAAGAACACUCUUUGUACCUUGUGUGCAAUACCUGAAAUGACUUGCACUGUUUCUUUAAAGCUACUGUCAAUUCAGUUGAAUAGAACUAUGCAGCAUGAAGAUUAGUUACAAACUGUAGCAAUCAAGAGAUAUGAGCAGGACUCAUGUAUAGUACAGUGGAAAAGUAUAGAUACACCUACAUCAGGCACUACAUUAUUGCACUUGUCUAGUUUUUAUGUAAAAUCUUGGCUGUCCCUAUGGUGACAAACAGCCCUCCAUUCCUAGUGUAUAAAGAAUUGCUGUAUUUGUCUGUCUUGUAUGUUCUCUGCCCAAUGCCCUGUUCCUUCACUAAAGUGAGCCCAUUUGCUCACUUCAAUACUAUGCCAUUUGGAACAGCAAAUGCUGAUGCCAUAUUUUGGUGUGGCUCUUGCAACUUAUGUGCUUCCAAGGUUGUUCCUCUUGGUUGUGAAACAUUGUUGCAUUCAAAGGGACACAGAAGGAAAUUAAUCUAGUUUAAUAGAAUGAUGCUAUCAUAUAGCAUACACACUAUGUUUAUCAUUUACACGGCAAGGAAACUGCAUAACAAGACCUAGGAAUGAAAGGGAAGUGAAAGUCUAUGAGACACAGGUAGUUUUUCACCGCUUUUUAAGACCAAACCAGCUCACAGACAUGCAUGCCUUGAUAAACCUUGUUGGCAUUAACCUUGUUCUCUGAGCAGUUUUUCACCAAGUUGACUCUGCCUCAAGUUGGUUUCCUCUUCAACUGUGAUGCUCUCUUAAUAUCCAAAGAAGAAUGUCUUGCAAGAACAACUCCCCUACACGAAACAGCAAUUCCAGUGGUUGAUUCCGGACAGGUUCUUCUUGCUUCUCAACUUUGAACUUUUAUUCCAGCGGCAGAUUCAAAAGCGCACUCACACUUUCCACGGUUUAACAUGCAACAUCUCGCUCUGCAAUGAAUGACUCUCUCUUACUCCACCACUUAAACAUGAAUUAAAAUGGAAGUGCUAAAGUGUACAGUAUCACUUCUGCCAGCUCCACUACCCAAGUUCUGCCGUGCUCAAGCAUGGAGCAUUGUUUUCUUCUGGCAGGUUAGCAUUUAAGAAACCUGAGCACUCGCUCAAUAUAUCGGGUAACCCUUCAAAAACAACCAGAAAAGUCAACUGUAAGACUUUUCGUAUAGAACAAUAGCUGAUUGAGGUCAAGAGGGAUUGUUUGCCUAUAGUAUCUCUUUAAAUGCAACAUGUUUUCUGGUACUUAUAUGCAACAUGUUUUCUGGUACUUAUAUGCUAAAAAACUCAACAUGAGUAAGCUCUAGGUACACCUCUUUUGCUACCUCACCUGUCAUGUUAUCUGUUGUGCUCACAGUUGUAUAGAACGAGAUGAACACAAGACGGUAUGCACUGUGUAUAGAAUUGACCUUGUGCUCUGCAUAUCACCAAAAAGUUAUUGUGUGAUAGUCUCUUGUGAUGUUCGUAACUGAAUGGAAACUUGGAAAAUUGCAGCAUUAGUGUCAACAUUUUGCAAACCUUAGCUAGUAUUAUUGUUGAGAUCAACUUCGUAAUUUAAACUAUCUUAGCCUGCAAAAUAUCUUUCCCUGCAGAUAUCUGUGAGGAAUACAGUUGCCGGCGUUAUAUGCAUCUACCCACAUUUUAUAGUGCUUGUUCCGUAUUGCACUCAGGAAAAUGAGAGCAUUGUUUUAUGAGAUUUAGUUCUAUACAUAUAGAACAUCCUUCAUUUUUUUCGGAAAAAUACAGCAGGCUACAAUUUAACUGUUAUUGCAGCUAUAACUUCCCACAAAAUACUGCAAAUAGUGCUUAUCUUGUCUCAAGCUUAAGCUUUUCCUAUGGGAUGGGCAAUGAUUUCAGCAUGUAAUGUGGCAUUAAGCAAAAGAAACGGGUUCCUGAGCUAGUGUUCUUACUUGUACAAUGAUUUUCUAUUGCAUUUAAGACGAAACUUUAGGGGACGCAAGUGGCCUUGACACAGCAUCUUUAGACUGUACUUUAUGAAUGUCUAGGUAUCCUCAACAGAAUCUUGGAAAGAUUGCACAACCACACUAUUUUGCUCACAACAGAGGGAGAUAUAUAUCUGGUGGGACACUUUUUUUUUUUUUACGCCUGCACUCUCCAUAUUGCUUCAGGUCAGAAAAACAAUAAAGUAUAUGCUGGAGCCAUACCUAUGAUUUCACUUGUUCGUAACAAGGAUUAACUUUGGAGACUUCCAACUCCAGCAUGGAAGGUCACCUUGCUCAUUGAUUCUAUGUUGUGAGGCACAUACGGAACACCUUGAACGCGAUUCUUGAUCAGUUAUGAAAUCAACAUGUGCCCAGGUAUCUGCACACACUUUUUCUCCAAAUAAGAAUUUACUCAAAGGGGCUCCUAAUUGACAGGUUUAAGUUGUCUGUAAUACCAAGUUUCAAAAAUGCCACUGGCUAAAGUUUGCUACGAUGAGAUUUGUUCCAUCAUAGCCAGCAGGUUCCUUUCCUCAUGAUUGUCCUCAUAGCCCUAGGCAGUGCAGAUAUUGGUAGCUUCUAGAUGCUUCAUGAACAAAAUAUUCUGAACAAAACAUGAACAAAACAAAAUGUGUAUAGAGAGAAGUUCUGGUUGCCAGAUCCUCAUUAAAGAUAAAGAACUUGAUUUUGCAAGACUGGCAUUAUCCUUUACAUGUGUUAAACAAACCACCAAAGGACUAAAGCAGCUAAAUACUAAUGCACAGAAAUCAAGAUAUGUGCUCGCAUUUAGGGAACCUGCUCACAUUUUAUGUUAUGUUCAGAGUGCAGACAAAGCACUUGAUAUUCCAAUGAGUCUGUGCUGUUUCUUGCAUUUUGCUAUCCUAUUUUAUUUCACUUUCUGUUUCUUAAUCCACAGAUAAGGGUCAAUUAUGUUGAAACUUGUAUAUUGUAAUGAACACAUUCCAUGUCCUUGUGUUGACGUAAUGCUUGUUGUGUACUUGGUUUGUAAAGCUGUAGUUUAUAACUCUGGGCCGAUAUCUUGUACACGCUCGAAAAGCUGACGUUCCCUUUCACCUCACGUGAUUGGCCUAAGCUGCGAUAUUGGCGCAGUCUAGGACAUUUACGCGAGACGAUACCGAACGACGGCUUUUCGAAUGCAUAAAAGAUAACGGCCUUGGUCACACUAUGUGUUGUGCAGAAGCUGACAACCUGGAUGUAAUCCUUAGCAGCUUCUACUACUGCAUUGCUAUUAUGGAAUGUAUCAUAAUACAAAGGAGCUCAAAUCUGAACUCUGUAUUGCUGAAAUAUCUGCAUUCAGUUUUAUUUUCACUGCUAUUCUUUGUGUAAAAUGGCCUGGCUACAUUUCAAGCAGCACUUCCUUUGAAUUUGAAUCUUUGUCCUUAGCGAUCAAGACUGCCUGGGUGUCAUCAGUAAUGACCCACACGUGUUAAGAAGCAUAUUUUUAUUACAGCAUUUGUUUGUUGUAUUACAAUGCUCUUUUUUAACAAAAUAGUUUGAAGCACAAACUUAUUACUAUGUAGAAAUAUAGGAACAUUUAGUUAUGUACUGUGUACGCAGCCUACUAUCGUUUCUGAUGAGCUUGUGACCCAUCCGAAUCCCAGACACUCUUUUAAAGUUUAUUGCUUUGGAAAAGUAAACAUGUCUUUAUUACAAGUGGU